GAAACUAAACGUAAUGUCAAACAUAUGAAUCGGUGUUUUGGUAUUUUUAUUCAUUUAUUUGGUUUAAUUCAACCAAAACAACCUCAUUAGACGUAGUUUACAUAGUACAUAUAACAUACCUCAAUUUAAAACAUAUAUUCGUUAACGUUUACAUAAAGUUAUAAGGCAAACCCCAUUAUAACCUGCAAAUUAAAUACUUUUUACAAAAACUCAAUAAUGGAAGACACAGAAUUAGAUUCUUCCGAGUUGGGUACGCAUUCAUACUGGCAGAAAGCGUAUACGAAAGAAAUAGCCAACUUUGAUGACCAUGGAGACACGGGAGACGUAUGGUUUGGUGAGGACAGCGCGGACAGGGUUAUAAAUUGGAUAUGCGACAGUGGAAUCGAGAAAGACACGGCUAUAAUCGAUUUAGGAUGUGGCAAUGGAUAUACACUAACAGAACUGGCAAAAGAAGGAUUCACGAACCUACUGGGAGUAGAUUACUGUGUUGAAGCUAUCACUCUUGCAGAGAAGGUGUCUAAAACUGAGUUCCCGUUCAUUGAUUAUAAGCUAUUUGACAUCACAAAGACUACCGUCAGCUCUUUAGGCAAGAAGUUUGGUUUAGUCCAUGACAAAGGCACAUACGAUGCAAUAAGUCUCAACCCAGACAACGCUAAAGAGCACAGACAGAAGUACAUACAGCAAGUAGCUGAUAUGCUCUCAGAACAGGGUUUAUUUGUUAUUACGUCUUGUAAUUGGACAGAGGAGGAAAUAAUGAAUCACUUUUCGGAAAAGUUCAUCUUGAAAAAAGUUCUUCCAACGCCUCAAUUCAAAUUUGGCGGGAAAGUCGGCAGUGUGGUAUCAUCUGUGGUAUUUGUUAAAAAAUAAAUAAAGUUUUACAUGUUGUUAAUUUA